AUGACAUCCCUCCGGAAUUAUCUCAGCAUCGCUGCCGCGGUGGCCAUCACGGGAAACAAUGUCGCCUCUGCUCUUGCCGCUUCCUUCCCUAGGUCGUCGAGCCUGAUCCUUGAGGAUAGGGCUGACUCGACGCAAUGGAAGACAGUCCUCGAGAUUGGGAGCAGCAAGUGGCACAUUGGCGACGCCGUCUCACAGGACUUUGAAAAGAAGUUCAUGAAGAAUGUGUGCAGCAGCACCGGUUGUGACGCCGGCACCCCGCAGACGUUCCAGUACUUGACAAAGUCCGGUGGCUAUACGGCGCUGGGCAAAGGCACCAUCACCAUGGAGGGCAACAGCAACAACGACACAGCCGUGAUCGACAACCUCCUGGAUGCCGUCUCGGCAGCUCUGGUCGCGUCGAGCCAGUGCUCCACGACGUCGGCGGAGAUGUGUAUGAAUAACCCCAGCCCGUCCGACACAGCGUCUCAGUGGACAAAGCGCGAGUCGGGUGGCAUCGCGCUUGAUUGUGGCAAGACUACUUUCAACGACUGCUACCUCGUGAACUAUAUCCAGGCGACCAUGUACGACGACCAGAGCAACCAGAAGGCCCAGGUCACGUUCAAUGGAGCGUCUGAGGACCCGCAGGGCCUGGACUGUGACUCGAUCCUGGGCGUCAUCUCGGAUGCUCUGGGUGCCAUUGCGCCGUUGGAGCUCACGGGAGUCGAAGAAAUCUCGGGCCUGACAAGCGGUAUCUCGGCCCUCUGCACUGUCUUGUAA